UUCCUCCAUUCCAAAAUCGAAUUUCUUUUGGUUCUGUGCUCUUGCUGUGUUUUGCCUGAAUACCGAAAUUACCAUCCCAUCCCACCUACAAAACUGUACCGGCCCUGAGAGGAGGAGAAGAACCACCCAACUCACCAACCAUAGCGUCGCCUUCUCCGCGGGGCCAUGGCCGAGAAAAAUCAAAAGAAUACGAAAUCAAUUCCGCCGUACAUGAAGGCAGCAUCCGGAUCCCUAGGCGGCAUAGUCGAAGCCUGCUGUUUACAACCUAUUGACGUCAUCAAGACGAGGCUCCAACUCGAUCGCUCCGGAUCCUACAAAGGGAUACUCCACUGCGGCGCCACCAUAACCAAGACUGAAGGAGUGCGAGCCUUGUGGAAGGGGCUGACGCCCUUUGCUACUCAUUUGACUCUCAAAUACACACUCCGUAUGGGCUCCAAUGCGGUUCUACAAUCGGCGUUCAAGGACCCGCAGACUGGAAAUCUCAGUCACCACGCAAGGCUUUUCUCGGGGUUUGGUGCCGGCGUGCUCGAAGCUCUUGCUAUCGUCACCCCUUUCGAGGUAGUGAAAAUCAGACUGCAGCAGCAAAGGGGAUUGAGUCCUGAGCUUCUAAAGUACAAGGGACCUAUUCAUUGUGCCGGUAUGAUCAUUCGUGAAGAAGGGCUGCUUGGUUUGUGGGCAGGAGCUGCCCCAACUGUGAUGCGCAAUGGAACAAACCAGGCCGCUAUGUUUACAGCCAAAAAUGCAUUUGAUGGGCUACUGUGGAAUAAGCAUGAAGGUGAUGGGAAAGUGCUCCAGCCUUGGCAGUCGAUGAUAUCUGGAUUUCUUGCAGGAACUGUUGGUCCAGUUUGUACUGGUCCAUUUGAUGUUGUGAAAACAAGGCUCAUGGCUCAGAGUCGAUCUGGUGGUGAGCUAAAAUACACAGGUAUGGUUCAUGCCAUCAAAACAAUAUAUACGGAAGAAGGAUUGCGCGCCCUCUGGAAGGGGCUGCUGCCCCGGCUUAUGAGAAUCCCACCCGGCCAGGCUAUUAUGUGGGCUGUGGCGGAUCAAGUAAUUGGCCUGUAUGAGAGGAGAUACUUGCACAGCAUAUCUCUGUAGAUCACUUCACUCUCUCAGAAUCAAAAUCUACAAAUUUUGUAGCAUCAUUCUUCAUAUGAGUAAGGAUUGAGUUGUUAGAAAGCCCUCUGCCUUCUCCAUCCAUUGAUUAUCUCUAUCUUAGACUUCUCAUAUGCGAAUUUGUGCUUCUCAUUGAUAUGUUGUAUCCAGAACCGUGAUAGUAAGGGUAAUAAUUCCAUGGAUCGAUGUGUUGUUCAUGGACCCUUGUGCAGACAAAUCCAUUGGAAAUUUUUUGUUCCAGAUUCUUGCGGAAAGCAACCUGUUAGUUAUUGGGAUUAUUUGUUAA